CGCAGGCCCGGGGUCGCCGCCGCGCCGGGGUGUGGCUCCGGGUCGGGCUCCGAGCAGCCGGGAGCCUCGCGCAGAGCGGCCUCCGGACGCGGCCGUGCAGGACUAGAGGAGAGCACCGCUUUUCCUUGCGUGGAAGGAGGGAGCGUUGACGCCUGUGUCAGAUGGUCACUUGCACAGCGGCGGCUGGGGGAGUGAGGAAGAGCGCAGGUCUGCAGUACCCAGUGGGAGGAGACCGCCCUCCCCCCGUCCCCAGGUGUGGUCAGCAUGGGCCCCGUGGGCAAACAGAGCCCCUCAUCCCUGCCGGUCCCCGCGGGGGGGUCCUGCCUCAUCCUCCUCUUUUGCUUGCGCUUGGGCGCUUCCUGCCCACAGAGCUGCCAGUGCCCUGAGCACGCUGGGGCCGUGGCCGUCCACUGCAGUGCCAGGGGCCUGCAGGAGAUCCCCAAGGACAUCCCCGCCAACGCUGUGCUCCUGAAGCUUGAUGCCAACAAGCUCACCCACAUCCCCAACGGAGCCUUCCAGCACCUGAACCAGCUGAGGGAGCUGGACUUGUCCCAGAACACCAUCGAAACCAUUGGCCCCGCUGCCUUUUCGGGCCUGGCUGGGGGCCUGCGGCUGCUGGACCUGUCACAUAACCGCAUCCGCAGGAUUCCGAAGGACGCCCUGGGCAAGCUCAGCGCCAAGAUCCGCCUGUCCCACAACCCCCUGCACUGCGAGUGUGCGCUGCAGGAGGCCCUGUGGGAGCUGAAGCUGGACCCUGAGUCUGUGGACGAGAUCGCCUGCCACACGGCCGCGCAGGAGGAGUUCGUGGGCAAGCCGCUGAUCCAGGCUCUGGACUCCGGGGUCAGCUUCUGCAGCACCCACCGCAAGACCACCGACGUGGCCAUGCUGGUCACCAUGUUCGGCUGGUUCGCCAUGGUGAUCACCUACGUCGUGUACUACGUGCGCCAGAACCAGGAGGAUGCCAGGAGGCACCUGGAGUACCUGAAGUCCCUGCCCAGCGCCCCCGUGUCCAAGGACCCCAUCAGCCCAGUGCCCUAGUGCCUGCUGGCGGAAGCAGAACACCGCCCACCUGUCCCCCUCACUUCCGUAGCAGGUGGUGGCUGACCCAAGCUUUCGGUGCCACGAGCACUGGGUCCUCCCAGCCCCCUCUGAGCGGCAUUCUGCCCCCACAGACCCCUCCCUUGUGUUGCAAGUCACUGCGCCACGCUUCAAGUCCGAAAUAUGACCAUCAGGCCCACUUGAGGGGCCAGGAAGCCAGAGUUUGGAGAAAUGGCGUUGCCCACGACCACACAGUCAGGCAGUGACCCCUUUGGGACUUAAAACCAGGCCGUCUGUCAUAACGUUCCAUGUCCCUUGCGCUUUGCUGGCCUCGGCCGCGUGGCGCCUGUAGGGUGUGAAUGGCAUUCCAAGAAGAAAGGCUCUUGUCCAUGCGUGUGAGGUCUGCCCCGCAGACGGUGGGGUGUAGACUCAUCUGUGGAAGGCAGAACCGAUUUACCUUGUCCCCCUGGUAGUAUUUCCUGAACCCAUCUGACUGCAGAACUCUUUCCAGAGCAAAGUAGUAGAGACCAGGUUUUUCUCGAGAGGUAAGUGAAACAGGUAGUUGUUCAAACUAACCUUUGAACAACUUUGUUUAUUCUCAGAGUGUUGGUUAAGAGUAGCAAUUGUGCCAAAAUUUCAGUCCGGGGAGAGUGGGGGAGAAACCCUAAGACCCCCAAACCAAGAAAACCACGGACAGAAACCCGAGAAAGGUCCAGAGUGGAUCAUCAAGGGGGGCAGUGUCGUGCGUCCCUGCCGCGAGUCCCACCAGUGUCUGUGCCUGGUCCGGGGGAAGGCCCGUCAUCCUGGGUCUGCAGUGUGCCUUGCCUCUCUACUCACAAACACCGAAGCCGCUCCUUCUCAAGGACAGGUGUUCGGUGUGUCAAGGCCCGUCAGUGGGAUGCUACCUUUUCUCCAGCAACAGGAACCCCCUGCCUUGCUCCCUCUCUGUCCCCCCGUCUCUGUCUGUCUUCACCUCUGCCCCCAGGAAUCUCAGAGCUAACUCAGCAUAUUCUCUCAGCUGUGUUACUCUACAUUCAGGGUAGACGUUACCUCCACCUAACUGUGAGCCGUCUUUCUAGUUUUAUUUUUUGAUGUCUUUUUUAAGAGUGCUUAUUUUUAAAUUGCUUCAAAUAUUUGGGGGGGGAGCACAAAUAGGGAUAAAUUGCUUAUGAACUUAAGGUGUACAGAUUACAAGCCUCGUGAAGCAGAUGCUUAGAAAGAAUUAAAAUAGAGGGUGGUUUGUACCGGGGGAUUGUCCUAUGACCUCAGGUGGGCCUUGAACACCUGAUCCCGUCUACGGGUUGACUCAGAGAUCCAGACUCCACAGCUGACACCCAAAAGGCCCAUCCAAGCAAGGUCCUGAUUUUUUCGGUUAUGGUGCAUUACAAAGAAAUGACUGACAGCUCCCAAAUACCCUCCCACACACAAGCACCCCACUUCUGCCCAGACCAGGGGUGCGGGGAUGGGAGGCAGGGCCUGGGCACCACCUCCUGUGGCCUGUCAGUCCCAGGGACCCGGGUGGGCACUGCUGCUGGCCUACCAGCAGGGCACAGGCUCCUUGGGUGGUUUGGGUCCCCCUGCCCACCCAUGCUAGGGCGCACACAGUGGGGAGAGGGGUCCCACCACACAAGGAGCUCACCACCUGUGGGUUUGCCCAAGGGAGGUGACCUGACAGAGAUGCGGAGUCAUGUGCCAGGGUCCUGUGGCUGCUACUCAUGUCCUGGGGAGAGCCUCGCCUUGCUGUGGGGGAAGCCUUGCCCUGGGGGGCCCUGUCCCGCUGCCAGGGAACUCGCCAUUUCCUCUUGUGCCAGAAUCAGCCCAGAUCCUGGGUUCCACCCAAAUGCGGCUCUUCGGGGGAUGCAUGGGGAGUGGGGUGGGGCUGCCCCUUUCCGAGGACCCUGGACACACCAGAAGGGUCCUCUCCCUGUCACCCUGAGCCGAGCGUCGGGCUGCCAGGCCCUCCUGGUCUUUCUGGGACCCUCACCCUUCAGGGGCCAUUCCAGAGUGGACACCUUCCUCCAAAGAAGCCCACCAAAUCCCUAAACUUCAGGACCACAAAGCUCCUUCCUGCUCAUGGGAGUUCACACCCCUGGUACCCGGGAGCACUCUGCUGUCCCGGGGUACAGCCAUCCUCCCCCCUUUCCCCCUCCUUUUCUCUCUCCUUGAGAGACCCCUUAGGAUGACGCCCUGCCUGGGCCCACCCCCUUCCUUGCUGCCGUGUGUGAGCACAUAUCGCUGGAUGCCCCCACAGGCCCUACAGCUGACGCAGCCCCCACCCCUGCCGCGAUGGGUGGUUGACCACAUCCUAAAUCUGCAGAGGCUGGGCAGGGUCACGCUGGCCUCGUUGAGAGAAUCGGUGUUGACAGUGUCAGGUAUAGGACAAAGGGGUUGCCCCGUCUGUCGGGGGCAAUGGGGUCACAGCCUAUGGGACAUGGGUGGCCCCCGGCUCUCACUGUGAUCCGAAUAGGGACCUUCAGAGCACUUUAUACAGACACAUGGCCUGGUCUGCAAAGCUCCUUGGCCACAGGAGGUAACACUUCACAGGUCAGGGGUCAGGGCAGGGUGAUUUGGGGACUCCCCAUGGGACAGAGGGUUGGA